CGGAAUUUCAUGGGGUAUUCUCUAAUAAUAGUGUGUUAGAGAUCCAGUGGCGUGGAAUUUGUGUGUGAUAAAAACAAAAAUAUAAUUAAAUAUGUGAGCGGACUACGGCCCCUCCGAAUUGCAGAAUCGUGCAUACCUACGUAUGUGUGUAUAUGCAUCACGUACAUUCACAGGGUGUGAUGGUGAGAUAUACAUGUAUAUAUAUGUAUAUAGUUUGCUUAAGAGUGAACUUGGACAAUCAGCAUCGGGUAAUCACUGGUGUGACCGACAUAAAUAAUGAGUGAAUUCUCAUCGCAAGAAGCAAACGCAAAGACGUUAACGGCAGAUAUAUCGGGCGACAGAGACCCAAAUCUGACAACGAAUCAGAUACUCGCGUUGCUGUCUCAUGCUGAUCAGUAUGGGCGAUACCCUCUGCACCUAGCUGCUCGGGUGGGAUCUGUGAAAUGGGUUACCAUACUACUCGCUGUGGGUGCGGAAGCCAAUGCACUCGACCGUAGUCGCCACACGCCUGCGUUCUAUUGCAUUUGGCAACAGACGGCUGAGGUGUUGAGGUUGUUGGUGGCGCAGAGAGACUUCGACUUUGCCACAACAGAUGACAAUGGGAUGUGCCUUAUCCAUAAGGCGUGUGUUUCUGGAGCUGUAGAGAUAUUACUAGCUUUGCUUCAGGCAGGCGAUGACCCUAAUCGGCUGUCGGUCCCGUUGCACUACACACCACUUCACUUCUCAGUCAAUGGGAAUGCAUCAUGUCUACGGCUACUUCUGCAAUGGGCAUGUGCCUUUGGUGACUGCGACAGUGUGCUUAAGCUGAUUCAUUUCGGGGUACCCUUCCGCAAGGACCGUCACAGCCACACGCCCUGUGAUGUGCUGCGUUUGCACCACUGCACACACACACUGCGAUGUGUUAAGCACUUUACAACCAAUCGCUGCGAAUGGCCCCCAAGCCUUGCUAAACUGUGUAGACUGGCCCUACUAGCGCAGCAUCGUCCUUUCAGCUCUGCUGAGUUGACUUGUCUGCCUGUGGACGUGUGUGCCUUUGUGUUUGGAGAGGGCCGUUUCUCCUCCGUCGCACAUGUGUGCACACAUGCGCAUGUGGACCCAAUUGUACCCGAUGCGGAGUUUCAGGACAGCAGCAGCCAUAGUGAACGCGAGGGUGAGCAGAUAAACCCAACAGACGUGACAAUGGUUGUACGCCACAGCCAGGACAAAGAAGUGGACUACUAUUAUGCACUGGAGGCACUAACCACCACACACAACAACAUCAUGCAGGCCAUUGAGAUCGUGACGCCCAGGCGCAGUACACGGAUGCGGGGACUUGACAUGACGUGAGAGAAAGUAACAGAAAAUAAUAAACGACAUAGAAAAGGCCA